AUGCCUUCAGCAGUAUCGCCGAACCCUCGAGCAGGCCCUGCGCAGUCUGAUGACCGUGAUAGAUUACUGGAAUACGAUGCAGCAGUAGAAGACUUCCUCAACGACAUUCCGAUACGAGGCAAUGAGCAGAACCCGAAUGCUACAGAGGAACGGCCCAGGGACGAAGAUCAAGAAGUGCAGGUCAAGAAAAAACGGCAACCGAUCCCAAAGCUCGACGAAAACAGAUUACUUUCCGAAGCAGGCAUUCCAAAGCUGCGCAAGAUCACCAAGUCUCGCGUGAAGUUCCGUGGCAAAGGGCAUGAAUUUUCAGAUAUUUCGCGUCUGCUCAACACAUACCAGCUAUGGCUAGACGACUUGUAUCCCCGAGCAAAGUUUCGAGAUGCGCUCACUAUGUUGGAGAAAGUGGGCCAUAGCAAGCGAAUGCAAGUCAUGAGGAGAGCCUGGCUAGAUGCAACGAAGCCAGACAGACGACUAUCACCACAACCGGAGCCAGAGUUGGAUCCCGACUUUGACCUUAUGAUGUCUGGCGCGAAUGGUGAUGCCAAUGAUACAGAACGGCAGAACUCGACAUCUGGUGAAGGUGCCACAGAUCUGAAUACUACGCAGCAAGCUUCGUCAGGAAAGGAUGGAGGCGAUGCUCCAGAUGAUGACGAAUUAGAUGCAUUGCUCGCCGAAUCAGGACCAACAACCGCACCUGUUCUCAAGCAAAGAAAGGCUGGCCCCUUCGAGGAUGAUGGGUCUGACGACGAUGAGCUGGAUGCACUUCUCUCCGAAAAUCAUCCUGCUCAGCCUGGCGCCGAAGCCGCAAAAACGGCGAAGACAUCUGAAGCGAGUGCUUUCGCCGAAGGUCCCGACGAAGACGAGCUUGAUGCACUGAUGAAUGAGCAAGGCCCAACUCAUGCACCAGAUGCUGCCGCCAGCACUGCGGGUUCCACUCGCCCCCAACCCCUAGACGACUUUGCAGAUGAUGAGGAAGCCAUGGCAAGCAUGGGUUGGUAA